AUGUUAAAAGCUCCGACUUCUUUCCGAGCACGGACAUUAAGUACCGAAUCAAGAGAUGGACUAAACUCUGCGGCGGACACGCACUCUACUGAUGUAGCGAGGAGGCGAACACAAAAGAAGGACGAGAGUAUCAGAAAGAGGACUGAACAGGAACUAUUAAAGUUAAACCCAGGUAGACGGGGCAGAGACAGAACCCCUCCACCCAGAAUAGGUGGCACAGUCGGCAACUUGCGGCCACUAGCUGCAAUAAUCCUUUCAGAAAGCGAUACUGCUUAUGAUGCUGCGAGGUUUAUGACUGUAAAACGGGCGGACGCCGUGCUGGUGACUGAUGUAAACGGCCAACUCUCGGGUAUUGUGACAGACAAGGAUCUUGCUUUCCGAGUCAUUGCAGAGGGUUUAGAUCCUCAUAAUACAUAUCUCGGGGAGAUCAUGACGAGAAACCCGUGUACAGUUACUACUGCACAUAACGCAACUGAUGCUUUGAAUGAAAUGGUCAACGGAGGGUUCAGACAUUUGCCCGUAACCGAUAACCGUACCGAAAAAAUAGUUGGAAUACUAGACAUUACCGAAUGUCUCUUGGAUGCGCUCGCAAAAUUGGAACGGGCAAAUCGAUCCACAAAACAGUUAUCCGAUGUCCUUGACACAAUGUCGGAAUUCGAAUCAUCGCACAAUCGCGAGGUUGCUUCUUACGUACGAGUACUCCGUGAGCAGUUGGGCUUUCCUCAAUUGCAGACUAUCCUGGACCCAACUAAAUCGCCGGCAGAGGUCUCGUUACGAACAAAUGUUAGAGAAAUAGCAAGAGUUAUGAAGGAAAAGCAUCAGACGGCAGUUCUCGUUCUUGAUGAAGAUGGACGCACAGUGGGAAUUUUUACGUCAAAGGAUUUAGUUGUCAGAGUCAUUGCCGGAAAACUGGAACCGUCUACAACGUCAGCAGUGCGAGUAAUGACACCAAAUCCUGAUACGGCAUCUCCAGAAACAACGAUUCUCGAUGCUCUCAGAACUAUGCAAGAGGGGCGUUAUCAACAUUUACCUUUAUUCGAUAAAGCUAAUGGCAUAGUUGGAAUAGUCGAUAUUCUACAAUUAACUUAUGCAACCCUAAGAACGGUAAAUCCCAACAUCAUUUCAUCUCUUAACACUUUAGAAUAUCCACAUUCUACUACUUUUUCUAUUUCUCCGCCUUCUGUUUGUAAAAUUAUGCUCACUCCCCCUGAUAGUCCUACUUCUGGGCAGAUUUUGAUGCCUUUGAAGGAUUGUAAACCGAGCAAAAUUCCCAUUUGUACAAAUUCCAAAAGACCUUCUAAACUUUAUAAAACAUUUACCCGUACAUCUAUCAAACUCUCUAAUCCGAAACCUCCCCCCCAAUCUUCACUCCCAACACCUCCUUCGUCUUCUCCACAUACUCCCGAAUUAUGUUCACCAUUUUUGGGUCCACAACUGGUCUCGACUACUACUCAGCUUCAACACAUGGAAGGACAAGAAGGCGACGGACCUGUCUGGAGUAAAUUCUGGAAUGCAGUUUCGUUAGAGGACGCCUCAUCGGAACGUACUCUUUCCGAUCAACGGGUCCUAUCAUCUGGGUCUGGCGAUAUGCCAUCAAUAAAAGAGGCAUCGAAUAGAGCCACGACCCCAUCCUCUGAAGAGCAGAUGGCAGAAAGUAGACGAUAUUCAGAGACAACGAGUUCAAAGGUGAAAGUAACAGUUCCUGGCUCGAUGAUGUACAAGUUUAAAGAUCCGCAGACAGGACAAACGCAUAGAUUCAGCUCCAUUUGCAGGGAGUAUCGUGAGUUUUUGACCUUGAUUAAACAGAAAAUGUCGUUAAAAACCGAGGAGGUUGUGUACGUGAGCUACAUUGAUGACGAGAACGAUAAGGUGGCGUUAUCAAGUGACGAAGAUCUUGCGAAUGCUCUGCAAUUGGCAAAACGGAGUCGUUGGACGCUGAUUAGGCUAGACGUUAAAAUGCCGGAGAAAGUGAUGUCAGAAAGAAACCAAAUACCUCGAAGUAAUGACGACAUAAUCAAGGAGUACAUGUUUAUUUCUGGCGGAUCAUUUGCGGUCGGUGUGGUUGUUGGAGGUAUCUUUAUGUGGGCGUUGAGAAAAUAA